UUUCGGAUUACUAUAUUUGAGGAUUUUUUUGUUUUCAGUCUAAAAUCCUUUUCGAUACCGUAGGUUAUCCCCUUUGCAUGAAAUGCAUGAACGUAAACAUAAACAAGCACGGAAUCCCUUUCCAAAUCACCUUCAAAAGAAACUAUAUAUGUAUGUAGAUCUGAGCAAAUCAUGAAUAAAAGAUCAAUCACCUCAACUUUCAAAAAUACCCUUAAAUUUCAGUGUAAAGAAUAAUUUUUUUUUUCAGAAAAUUCCAAUUCGGUUUUCAAGAUUAUAAUUUUAAGAUGGCGAAAAAAUGGUUGGCCACUGCGGUUGUAUUUGUGUUGGUGUUAUCUAAUCCAGAGGUUCAAGCCCUAGGGUCAAACGGUGUGGCGGCCGGGCCAACGCCGCCACAGCCGUGGGCAAGUUGCUUGAUUGACUGUGGGGUCAAGAUGAUUCGGUGCGUAACUGGGUGUUUGAUUAGUCCGAUUUGCUACUUUAACUGUGGAGUUGGUAAUAUAAGGUGUAUAACCAUAUGCAAUGAGACCUUUGUAGAAGAAUAUCAAUUUCCGCCACUAUUUCAACCCGAAACAAUGGCUAUAGGAAGAGAAGGAGCUGCCAGAAUCGAGAUCGGAACAAUUGAAGCGGUGGCGAAGAUCACCUCUUCCGCCGGAACUGUUGAAAAUGGUGUAAAGGGGUCUCUACAGUUCUUCCAGGAUUCCACUGAAAGAACAAUUCACAUCAAAGGAAGAAUUGUAGGGCUUUCUCCAGGCAUUCAUGGAUUGAGUAUUCAUUCAACCGGAAGCUGCGAUAACGUUGGACCUCAUUUUAAUCCACUUAACUGGGUCCGCGAUUUGGGAAACAUUGUUGCCGGUCCAGAUGGAAUCGCCGAGGUCUCAAUCAAAGAUGAAACAAAUCAACUUAAUGGCGUUAACUCUGUUCUUGGUCGGGGAAUUCUGGUUCAUUCUGGUGUAGAUGAUCUAGGAAGAAAUGCACAUGAAGAUACCAACAUUAAUGGAAAUUCAUCAGGGGCUGCAGUUGGUUGUGGGAUUAUUAAAAUUAAGCCAUCCAUUUAAUUAGCUUAGUCUACGUACAGUUAAGUUUCCGCUAGUAUUUUACUUGGAUUAUGCACCUUUUAUAUGACGAUCUGUUCAUUAACAGAAACUUUGUUGAAGAAUUUCGAAGUUGAUCUUGCAUUUUUCAUUUUCUUGAUUAUCCUGUUUGAAGAAAAUAAAAUGUUUUCCUUCUCUUAUGAAAUCGUGUGUUUAACACCAAAAUAUGUG